ACUCAAAUACGGGCGGACAGCUGAGCUUUCCCGUUCCACCGCAGCGCCCCGAGAGCCAUGGAGCGCACCGUUGGCCCGCUCGCCUGCUUGACCGUGGGGCUGUGGCUGGGGUUGUUGCUGCUGUGCAGCUGGGGGUUCCCCGGGAGCGCCGAGCCACGGGCCCCGCCGGAGAAUAUCGCGAUUAUUGGAGCUGGCAUUGGUGGCACUUCAGCAGCCUAUUAUCUGCGGCAGAAAUUUGGGAACGAUGUGAGGAUUGACGUGUUUGAAAAAGGAGAGGUGGGGGGCCGUCUGGCCACCGUGACUAUGCAGGGGCAAGAAUAUGAGUCAGGAGGUUCUGUCAUCCAUCCUUUAAAUCUGCACAUGAAGCGUUUUGUCAAGGACCUGGGUCUCUCUGCUGUUCAGAGCCCUAGUGGCCUAGUGGGGGUGUAUAACGGAGAGACUCUGGUAUAUGAGGAGAACAGCUGGUUUAUAAUAAACAUGAUUAAACUAAUUUGGCACUAUGGAUUUCAGUCCCUCCGAAUGCACAUGUGGGUAGAGGAUAUAUUAGACAAGUUUAUGAGGAUCUACCGCUACCAAUCUCAUGACUAUGCCUUCAGUAGCGUAGAAAAGUUACUACAUUCCCUAGGAGGGGACGACUACCUUGGAUUAUUUAACCGAUCACUUCUUGAAACCUUGCAGAAAGCAGGCUUUUCUGAGAAGUUCCUCGAUGAAAUUAUUACUCCUGUCAUGAGGAUCAAUUAUGGCCAAACCAUGAACAUCAAUGGCUUUGUAGGGGCAGUGUCAAUGUCCUGUACUGAUCCUGGCCUUUGGGCAGUAAAAGGUGGCAAUAAACUUGUUUGCUCACGGCUCCUUCAGGCUUCCAAAAGCAAUCUUAUAUCUGGCUCAGUAAUGUCCAUAGAGGAGAAAACAAGGACCAAGCAGACAGGAAAUCCCACAAAGGUGUAUGAAGCGGUCUACCAAACUGGAUCUGAGACCCAUUCAGAUUUCUAUGACAUCGUCCUGGUGGCCACUCCAUUGAAUCGAAAAAUGUCCAAUAUAACUUUUCUCAACUUUGAUCCUCCAAUUGAGGAAUUCCAUCAAUACUACGAACCUUUAGUGACAACUUUAAUUAAGGGGCAGUUGAAUUCAACUGUCUUUACCUCUAGAGCCUUAGAUGAGUUUGAUCUCGGUACAAUCUUAACCACUGAUAAUCCAGAUUUAUUCAUUAACAGCAUUGGGUUUGUGUCUUCUGUAGAAGAAAAUAAUAAUCCUCAACCAAAAGCGGAUAGGGCACACGUUUGGAAGAUCUUUUCCGCAGGACCUCUUACUAAAGAACAAAUUUUAAAGCUCUUUGUGUCCUAUGAUUAUGCUGUGAAGCGGUCAUGGCUUGCAUACCCUCAUUAUACGCCUCCAGAGAAAUGCCCUUCCAUCAUACUCCACGAUCGACUUUAUUACCUCAAUGGCAUGGAGGUUGCAGCAAGUGCCAUGGAAAUGAGUGCUGUUGCAGGCUACAAUGCUGCUCUCCUCGCCUAUCACCGCUGGAACGGGCACACACACAUGAUUGACCAGGAGGAGUUAUAUGAGAAACUUAAAACUGAACUAUGAAAUACCACUGUUUCUUUUUUUCCCCUCCUGGUUCCAAAUGGAAUUAUCACUGGCAAAAAAGAACACAGUCUGAGCAGAGAUGAUUUUGAAUCAGAUAUUUUGCCGUUAUCAUUGUUUAACAAAAAUAAUCCCGGUGAAUCAUGAGAAAUACAAGGUUCUAAUUAAGCAUGAAGGCAUAACUAUUGCAUCUCCAAAAUUUCUUUAUUCUUUCUUUAAUAUCCAUCAGCAAUGUUUCCCAAACUUCUCUGAUCGUAAGAAUCAUCUGGAGUUUGUUAAACGUACGGAUUCUCUAGCUCCUCUGGAGAUUCUGAUUUAAUAGGUCUGGGGUGGGGCCCUGAACCAAACCUUAAAGCAUUUUAAGCUGAGCACUUGAGGAAGACUUAUCUUUUAGUUCGGGACUAGUUCAUUUGUGCUUCGCAGCUGGAUGUGAUCUUCAGUCAGAUACAACUACUAUGGGAGCUGGUAUCUUAUGCCUGGCUUUAGUAAUUUAUAUUUUUUAAAGUACAUAUGCCCAUGCUUGAAGCCUUGACUUUCAGAAUGUUCUUUUCAUUGCUUCUGUCUCUAUUUUAUUGGGGGUGAAAUUCAGAAGUCUUAGUUUAGUAUAAAUUUAAGAUGUCAUACAAAAAUCUUAAGUAAAAUGAAAAGUACAGACUAUUGAUUUAAGAAAUUGGUCUUCUAUUAUCAAACCCUCACCUGAGGAGCUUUUAUUUAUUUCUUUAUUUUUGCUGUGUUGGGUCUUCGGUUCGUGCGAGGGCUUUCUCUAGUUACGGCAAGUGGGGGCCACUCUUCAUCGCGGUGCAGGGACCGCUCUUCAUCGCGGUGCGCGGGCCUCUCACUAUCGCGGCCCCUCCCAUUGCGGGGCACAGGCUCCAGACGCGCAGGCUCAGUAGUUGUGGCUCACGGGCCCAGCUGCUCCGUGGCAUGUGGGAUCUUCCCAGACCAGGGCUCGAACCCGUGUCCCCUGCAUUAGCAGGCAGAUUCUCAACCACUGCGCCACCAGGGAAGCCCUGAGGAGCUUUUAAAAAUAGUGGUAGAGCUCCACAGCAGAGAUUCUGAUUUAGUUGAUGGAGGAUAGGACCUCAGCUUUUUGUAGCUUUUGAAAGUUCCUAACUUGCAUCCUGGGUUGAGAUUCACUGAUGGUGGCGGUUUAUGAUGUUUCCCAAGGGUUUUUAGUGCCUUAAAAGUCCCAAGAAACCCAAUCCAUUAUCAAAGCGGGUCCAUGUUGCAAAGAAUGAUUUCUCUCAGUGAGAACUCUAAUAAUCUUGAUAGUAAGAUGCAUUGACAGUCUCACAGCAGAGGCGACUUAGAUUACUCCAGAGCAGUUGGCACUAGAGUAGGAUAUUCAGCAAGACACCUUCCUUGAUCAGAUCCAGUGUAUGUUCAAACUGUUAAAUGCUUCUAAAGGUACUGUAGCAUUUUGGUUGAGAAAUUGGUUGCUGAAAUCUUUUGGGGCCCUGGUUCUGAGCCUCAGCUGUACAUUGGAAUCACUUGUAGGAGUGCUUCCUGAAUGAUUCUAAUAUGUAGCCAAACUUGAGAACCAGUUCUCCAUCUGUACAAAGAUCAUGAAUGACUGUCCUUUUAGUCACUGGAAGGACAGGACAAGUAAAAGCUUGUGAAUUCUAAAAGUAACUGCAACCAAGUUAACAUGUAUUGUUUUAAAAAAAAAAAAGUCCUCCAGAUUAUAGCAAAAAAGAGAACAUUGAUUCUUAAAACAAUUUCUUCUCUAUUACAAUUGUGAAUAUUAAUAUGCUGAUAAAACUGCCAAGAUAUAUUUGAUGUAGAGGCAGGAAUUAAAUUUAUAGUUUGUCAAAGAGUCAGCUUUUUACUAUUUUUAUUCUUAAGUAUGUUGAGACAUUCAUAUUUUUUUCUUUUGUGGUUUAAUGAAGACAGUUAUGUAGAGAGUGUAAUACUAUUAUGUAUAUGCUAAAAGUGGGUGAAUACUAAUGAGGUAAUUUAAUUUCUAUCACUUACAGACUUGUUUUGCGAUUGGAUAUAUUUUUACUUAGAACACAAAUUUAAAAGGUUGCUGUUAUAUCAAACCCAACUCUGUUUUCCAACAAGGCAUCUGAAGUUGUUUCCUCAAAGAGCAAAACAGGUUAUCCGUAUGUCAAGCAUAUUAGUAUUAAUGCAAUUACAGUAUUAAAAAACUUUUUUUUUUUAAUUGGAAGAAAAAUCCUAUCAGGGCCCAUUAUUCCAGGAGGCCGCUCAAAUCAUCUUUUUACAGAAGAGACUGGUAAAAAUUAUGCAGGGGCUGAAUGAAGGCCAAGUUCUGCUCCAGUGGUUCUCCAACUUGAGUGUGCAUCGGAAUCAACUGGAAGCCUUGUUAAAACAUUGCUGAGCCUCACCCCCAGAAUUUGUUUCAGUAGGUCUGGAGUGGCAUACGAAAGACUGCAUUUCUGUUAUGUUCCUAGGUGAUGGUACUUGUCUAGGAACCACACUUAGAAAACCAGUUCAACAAUUCAGCUCUACGUGGCUGCAAAAAACACAAGCUUGUCGACAUUCGUCAAGAAUUAAAAAGAGGAGAAUGGAAAAAUAAAAAUGUAUUGGCCUUCGUUAGUUUGAUACCUCUCGCUAUUCUUUUGCUGUAAACAUUUCCUAUAAAUAGGAAAUACCACUUUACAUACACAUAAGCCACCCAUUUUAUUAUACUUUACAAGUACCUCACAUACUGUGUGUACACCCCUCUCCAGUUUUAAAGCGAUUCAUGAUUUGUAGGCUUUUUACCAGAUUACAAAAAGAAGCUUAAGCAUUUGCUUGAUAGGUUUCCUAAAGUUAGGUUUAUGAUACAACCAUCUGUAAAAUAUCUCUCAUUUGAGUUUGUGAACCAUAAAAUUUAUGAACUAGGUGAAUAUAUCACAGGCAGCGUUACCACUAUCUUCUACUCCACAAAGAACCACAAUGCACUGGAAUGUUUUUCUCUGGAAUUGUAUUUCUACUCCUGUAUUCAAAAAAAUUUUCCACGUAUGUUCAAAAAUAAAACCAUGAUAUCAUGA